GUUAGCAAGAAGCUUUAUUGGCUUGUUUUCUUGGAGGAUUCACAAUGUCUUGAAACAAGGAGAGAAGACGCAGACAAAUUGAGGUACAUAAGAGCAGGUCUGUAAGCAUGUAAGAGUCCUUUUAGAGGGAUGUUCAAGAAGCUCAAUAAUGUGUUCCGACCCAACCAUCAUGGAAAUAGAGGCCGAGGUGAUGGUGGGCUUCACGGCGACUACCACAGCGCCUGCACGGUCCGACUGGUCCGCAGCACCUCCAUGCUGGUGGUGGGGGAGAGAAGUCGCUCUUCCGAGGGGUCAACCCUGACGCGAAGCAAGAGCAGCGUGAGCAUCGAGUCGACUCUGUACUAUUACCAGAGGCAAGAGGACAGGAUUUGGCUGUACUCCCAGAACCAGAACUGUCUGGAGUACCUGGAGGCUCUGGUGGCUCUCAGGAGGCAGUACACUAAAAGUGUUAGCGACCUGAAGAGCAACGACGCCAAGACUGCAGGGUGUCCGAAGAGGAAACCCGCACCCCCACCUCCAAAGAUGGAGGAACCGAUAUUAAGACCCAAACCAUCCACGCCUCCGGUCCCCACAGAGGAGGACACACUGCAGUUCUUUGAUGAGGUUAUCGCCAGCUGUGACAGCGAACCUCUGCGUAAACCCUACAAGGACGACGGCCACGCAGACGUAGACUUCAUAGUGGCCUCCAGCUCAGCCGAGCACGACCUUCACUCCAACUGGGUGUUGAGGGUCCCGCGGGUCGCAGACGACUCUGCACUGAGUGAAGCUCCCGAUAGUGCCAAGGAAAGCGCUUCAAAGAAGGAGAAGAAGAAGAAGAAGCAGCAGCAGCAGACCGGUUCCACAAGCAGCAGACUACGACUGCAGAGGAACCCGAUCCACCUGCCCAAAGUGGUGGAGAGUGCAUUCCAGACCCUGCGCUUUAAGCCCAAAUUAAAAAAGCAGUGAGGCUAACGUGGACACGUGAAACCAGCAGCACUGCCGUGACGCUGACAGAGCUCAGGCUAAAUUGUUUUUGCAGGCAAUACAUCUUUUUAAGACUGUUACACACUGACGCUGCAGCAAUCACAGUGGCUGGCAAAAGUAUUCACACCCCUUCAACCUUUUCACAUUUUGUCUCAU